GAUUCAGCUGUUUUAUUACAAAGAUAUUUUAGGAGAAGCUGGGGGAAGGAAGCGCCCAGUAGUGACGUGACGUCAUCACUCUGCGCGGCUGUUGUGGAGACAUGGCGGAGAAGGGAAGUGCACAGGGGUCAGAGCCACAGUUUGCACACAAGGUCGACCCGAAGCUGGACAAGCUCACCCCGGAGCAGCUGGAGUUCAUGCGGAGGAGGGAGAUGGCUCAGUGGGCGAAGAACUCGGGGAAGAUACGGUCCAGGAAUAUUUUGACCGCCCUGACGAUAGGCGGCAUCGUGCUGGGGAUCUAUGGCUACACCUUCUUUUCUGUGUCUCAAGAAAAGUUUCUAGAUGAGCUUGAAAAUGAAGCAAAAGUUGCGCGAGCACAUUAUCCGAAAACAUCAGCUAACUGAUGGAAGACCCCAGGAAAGAGACUGGUUAUCUGAAGUAGUUUGGAAUCUCUUCACGGACGUCAGAAACUCCAUCCUACAGACCAGAAUUCCAAUAUGGCAAUAACCUAAUGUCAUGUCAAGCAUGGAAAGCUUGAUGGGAGGCAAUCUUGAUAUGAAUGGAAAAUGUCUGUAUUGAUAUAAAUAUUUCUGUCUCAAUUUUAAAUGUAUUGCACAGAAACACCUUAUUGUUGGUGCAGGCUUUUGCAGUUUGCUGACUAAAAAUAUUGAGAAAUUAUUAGGAUAGAUCUGUCUGUUUACAUGCAUUUAUUUCCCCAGUUUCCAUUUGUUAAUAAAAUAUUUAAAGAUG